AUAAAUAUCAGUCUACCUUACUCAAUAUACGUAAGCCACACCAUCAUUUUAUCUCCAUAUGUUUGUACCUUCCACAUGUCUAAAAUCCAUACACGCUAUUGAAUACUAGUAGCAAUACUGCAUAUAGUUGUCUACUCUAAGUUUGUCUAUAAAUACUAACAAGAACAAGUAGUCAUCAAUUGAAAGAAGAAAUUGUAAGUGUUACAAUUCCUUAAGAAAAAUACAAGAAGAAGAAAAUUAAGAAAUUAAAAACUAUAGGGUAUUAUUAUUAUUAUGGAGGACAAGAAAAAUAAUACGUCUUUAUCUUUGUCCUUCCCCUCGCCUGAAAAUGCCGUUUACGAUGAGGAAAAACAGAGCCCCGGCAGUGAUUCUCCAGCCAAAACAGGCCGGAGAAAGCCUGGUGGAUGGAGGGCUAUGCCUUAUGUUCUAGGAAAUGAGACAUUUGAGAGGUUGGCAGGAAUGGGGCUACUGGCAAAUUUCAUGCAGUUUUUAUUAACAGUGUUUCAUUUGGACCUUGUGUCUGCCACCAAUUUUCUUAAUAUAUGGUCUGGUGUUACUAGUUUCAUACCAUUGCUUGGGGCUUUCAUUUCCGAUGCAUAUAUUGGACGAUUUUGGACUAUUGCCAUUGCCUCCAUUUUUGAAAUGAUGGGAAUGUUUACAUUGACCUUGAUACCUUGGUUACCUCAGUUGCACCCUCCUCCUUGCAAAGUGGGCCAACAAUGCAAGACUGCCAAUAAGUCACAAAUGGGCUUUCUAGCAAUGGGAUUAGGAUUUUUGACCAUUGGAUCUGGUGGAAUAAGGCCUUGUAGCAUCCCAUUUGGUGUGGAUCAAUUUGAUUCAACAACAGAUGAAGGAAGAAAAGGAAUUGCUAGCUUCUUUAAUUGGUAUUAUGCUUCAUUUACAGUGGUCCUGAUUAUUGCACUUACUCUUGUGGUAUAUAUUCAAGAUUCAGUGAGUUGGGUAAUUGGAUUUGGUAUCCCUACGAUACUCAUGUUCGUGUCUCUCAUUUUAUUUUUCGUUGGGACGAAAGUGUAUGUUUAUGUCAAGCCCGAAGGAAGUAUUUUCACGAGCAUUGUUCAGGUUUUUGUGGCGACUCACAAGAAACGCAAGCUUAAGCUUCCAGAUGAGCGUGAGAGUAAUGGGGUCUUUUAUGAUCCCCCGUUACCGGAAGGGUCCAUUGUGAAAAAACUCCCUUUAACCAAUAAAUACAGGUCAUUGAACAAAGCAGCUAUAGUGAUGGAGGAUGAAAUUAACACUGAUGGUACUUGUUCAAACAAAUGGAGACUAUGCAGUAUCCAACAAAUUGAAGAAGUAAAAUGCCUUCUCAAAAUAAUUCCAGUAUGGUCAACAGGAAUUAUUUGUUUCACAGCCAUGGCACAACAGGGCACAUUCACAAUGUCACAAGCACUAAAAAUGAAUCGUCAUCUCGGCCCCAAAUUUCAAAUUCCAGCCGGUUCACUCUCUAUUAUAUCGAUGAUCACAGUAGGAAUGUGGAUACCAAUCUACGACCGACUUAUCGUUCCAUCCCUUAGAAAAGUCACACGAAUUGAAGGUGGGAUCACAUUGUUACAAAGAAUUGGAAUUGGUAUGGUUUUCUCGAUUUUGUCAAUGGUUGUAGCUGGGCUAAUUGAAAAGGUACGAAGAAAUUCUGCUAUAAUGCACAAUAGUCCUGAUGGAAUUGCACCUAUUACAGUCAUGUGGUUAGCUCCACAACUAAUAUUCAUGGGAUUUGCUGAGGCUUUUAACAUUAUUGGUCAGAUCGAGUUUUACAAUAAGGAGUUUCCUGAAAAUAUGAGCAGUGUGGCUAAUUCUUUGUUUUCUUGCACAAUGGCCGGUGCAAGUUAUUUAAGCACUUUAUUAGUGAACGUUUUACAUGAAACUACAGGAAGACAUGGACAUCCAGAUUGGUUAACCAAGGAUAUUAACCAAGGCCGAGUAGAGAAUUACUACUACCUUAUUGCAGUAUUAGGAGUUCUAAAUUUAUUAUACUUUAUAUAUAUUGCUCGUCGAUAUCAGUACAAGACUAGAUUAGUAGUUGAUGAUGAAGUUAAGCCUUAUUCUGAAGUUCAUGAACUUCAUGACAUGAAGUAUUAAGCAAAUUGUGCUUAAUUAGCUGCAUAUUAGUGCAUCUAGAAACUUGAUUAAUUAGUAUAUAUAGUACUUAGUUAACUAUUGAAUAUGCCUAAGUUAAUGUUCAGUCCUGGAUAAGAGAUGUAUGAAAGUGUAUAAUCAUCAAUAUGUAUAACAAUAAAGAAGAAUGUUCAACCUGCUGA